GAAACAUGCCAUCAAUGUACUUGAUGAGAACACAUGUGUCAUGUGAAGAGACAUGACAAAUACAGCCCUCCUUAAAUUACUUUUGGCCAUGGUAAUCACGUUCAUUUUAAUUUUGCCAGAAUAUUUCAAGACACCAAACAGAAACACGUUGGAGCUAUCAUGCCUGGAAGUAUGUUUACAACGUAAUUUCACCUAUUCAUUCUCCUCUUUAAAUUUUUCUUUCGUGACUUUUCUGCAACCAAUAAAAGAAACUCAGACUAUUAUGGGAAUCUUUCUAAAUCACUCCAGUUUUCAAAACUUCACCAGGAUUUGCCAAGACAUCACAAGUGAAUUUAAAAUGUGCUCCUCAUGUUUGGCUUGUGAGUCCAAAGGAAACAUGGAUUUUAUUUCUCAGGAACAAACAUCAAAAGUUCUUAUCAUGAGAGGAUCAACGGAAGUGAAGGCAAAUGAUUUUCAUUCACCUUGUCAACAUUUUAACUUCACUGUAACUCCUGUGGUUGACCACUUGGAGCAAUGUAACAUUACCUGUAAUCUAAAAACACACACUAGAAGGUCAGCAAUCGAUGAGGAAGAUCCAACCAAGGAAACAGAUAUAAACCAUACUUGUAGAAUUAUGGAACACCCGACUAAUUGUAUAAAUAUUUCUUUGCACCUAGAAAUGGAUGUAAAAUAUUUUAUUUGUUCCAUGAAGAUCACUUGGUAUGUUCUGGUUCUAUUAGUUUUUAUCCACAAAAUACUUGAAGCCCACAGGAGAGUGCAGAAGUGGCAGGGUCAUAAAUACAAACCUACAUCUGUCCUCUUAAGAGGAAGUGAUUCUGAGAAACUGCGAACAUUGAACGUGCAGGUCAUUUCAGAGACCAUGCAGAGGCUGCCUAUGGCUCAUGUCAAGGACGUGCUUCCUCCAAUACCAGAACUAGAAGUUACUUCCACGGCGCAUCAGCAAGAUCAAUAUACACGGUGA